AUGAUCCACGGCGACAUCCACGACCCGAGCAACAGGAAUGCCCUCCGGCCGUGCUCGGCCUGUCGGAAGCGGACGUCGAACCGGUACGUCUGUCUCGAUCACCUGUGCGACUACACGCUGUGCCGGUCAUGCUGGUUCUCGCGCGGCGUCAACGUCCACCCCCACAAAACCUUCAAGGUGGUCGAGGCGCGAUGGAGCGUCCGGAGCAACAACAGCGUUUCGGCGGGAUAUUCGUGCUGUGACACCGCCGCGCUCAACCACUGCUCGUCGUGCGCGAUGCCGCUCGCGCUCGGCCAGCCCGUCAGCUUCUGCAAGACCUGCUUUGUCGACACGACCGAGCCCGUGUUCCGGUGCCUGAGCUGCUCCUCACCCGGCGCCGGCGACGACCAUCACCACCCGAGCCACCACGAGUCGUGGCGGUGGACCUUCCAGGUCGCAAAGCAAGGCAUCUCGGCCAACGGGAUAUACUGCCAGACGUGUGCCCAACCGAUACACUCCAUGGACGCCCUCAAGGGCCACCCUCACACGGACUAUGUUGACAUCUACACCGAAGACAAUCUGAACCAUGUGAUCGCCCGGUCGUAUCGAGAGUGUCAGAGGAAGACGAUGCGGAUAGACGGAUUUGUUGCCGUUGCUAGCGACGAGCAGUGCAGUCUCUGCUUGCACCGAACAACAUCAACUGCACCUUUAAACUGUCAGCAGUGUGACAAAUUGCUCAAGCUGUGUCUUCACUGCCUGCAGAACGCCAGCAAGUUGCACGUCCACCCGAUUCCCCGGUUCCAUGAGCGCGCCAACCCGGCGCCAGGAGAACUUCAGGGUUCACCGCUACCGGCUCAAGAUCCGUUCUGUCAUUCGACCCUCCGACUCCAACGGCCCGCAUCGCAGAGCUACGACGCCGCCGCCCCUGCGCGCCCGACAGCUGGAGGAUACACCACCAUCCCUCCGCCGGGACAGAGGAUCAGUAGUGCUCCAGCCCAGGGCCUUUGGUCAAGACCUCAGAGUUAUGUCCCACAGCGGAUGAGGCCCUACAGUGCGGCACAGCACCAGCACCAGUACCACCACCAGCAGCAGCAGCAGCAGCAGCAGGAGGAGGCCUUCCUCAACACCCUCGCCACCGACAUCGCCGUGACAUCCAUGACGAACGCAGCCAUUGCCGCCGCCGGAAUGAACGCGAUCUAUGACGACGGGGGCGGCGGAUUCAAUGGACAAGGCACCGCAGAUACCACGACAACAACAACAACAGGUGUAGAUAUGUCCGGCAUGGACGCAACGCAGGAUACGUGGCCGGAUAAUGAGACGUGGCAGGAUACCGCCGUCGUGUAUGACUCCGGGUGGGCGCUCGACGACUCGGAAGGGUUCGAUCCAACUUGUUGA